AUGCACCUCGUCACCUCGUCCAUAUUCCUUCCCACCUUCAUCGACCUCUCCGGCUUCUACGCCGCGACCACCGCAACCCCCGUGCCACCCCUCCCUCCCGCCGUUCCGCACGCGAUCACGCUCACGCCCGGCGACGCCGCCUCGAACCUGUGGCUGCCACUCGUACAGAGCACGCUCGUCCACCCCGCGGAGCACCUCUGCAAGAUCGCACGCGCGCUCCUGCACGGGGCGACGGUCUACGGCGGGCGCGUCCCCGCCGACUUCGCCGCGCUUGCGGGCGCGGGGGGACGUGCUCGACGGCUCGCUCUUCGUCCGCGUCGCAGACUCACGCAGGACCGGAUCGGAUGGGUACGCGAGAGACAGACUCCUGGGGACUGGGACCGGAUGGGGUUUUUCGAGCACAUGCGCGGUGGGACGAAGGUGUGA